CUAUCCAGAGCCAUUACUUCCACGAUGAGCAAAAACUCCUCACCCAAACUCUCAAAUAAAAAAGAAUAUGAUGAGUACCGCACAAUCAUCCUGACAAUCUACUCUGUGGUUCUCGUUAGUGGUACCAUCAGCCUGAGCCUGGUGAGGCACAUCUUGAAGUUGGGCUCUACAUCCAUCACCUCUAUUGCUGUACUCAACCUCAUCUUCGCCCACUUCAUCUUUCUCGUCACUGUGCCCUUCAGGAUUCACUAUUAUGUGACUCAAUACUGGAGCUUCAGCCACGGGUGGUGUAAAGUGGUCAGCGGCAUGAUCCACAUCCACAUGUACAUGUCUUUUAUCUUCUAUGUGAUCGUCCUCAUCACACGCCUGACGACAUUCUACCGCAAAGCUGAGCAGCUGGCCUCUUUCCAGAGGAUUCAUGCACUCCUUGCCAGUGCUGUGGUGUGGAUGGUGGUGCUUGUCAUGGUCCCUUGCCUCAUCCAGUUUUCCUAUGGCUUAAACACUGAGGAAAACAACACCAUAGCAAAUUACACAGUUUGCUUCAAUUUUGGCAAGAGCAUAGAAUCUGGUGCCAAGGUGUUCAAUUACGUCAUAAGCACACUGAUCAUAGUGGUGGCCACUAUGCUGACAGCCCUCCAAGCCAAUGUCCUAAGGAUUCUAUAAAGGAAGCAUCGUCAAGGAUACACCUCUCAGCAGGAUUUUGGGGCUCAGCUAAAGAGCUUAUGCUUUGCCCUCAUCAUGGUGGUCUGCUUCAUUCGCUACCACAUGUUUCGGUUCUAUUACUUAGAACGCAUUGUUCAGCAGAAUAUCAGUGAGAUAUUUCUGAGUCUGACCACUUUUAACUGUUUGGACAUGCUCACUUUCUUGGGGAGGAGAAGCUGCUACAUGUGCUUCUUGGGAAAGGCUAUUUGUGUGUGAAGGGGUCAAGAGUGUUUAUUUAUUUAAUUUUGUAACUUCAUUGUACUGAACUUUUUUCUAUUGUUUGUCAAAGUUGUGGUGCAGUUCCAUAAAUGCAUACAAAAUGAUUUACAUAACAUGUACAUUUAAAAGUGCACGAGCGAGCCUACAUCCAGCGCUUCUAACCGGCUUUGCACAGAAAACGAAACAUCUAAUGUGCUUUUUAUUUUAUUUUUAAUAAUUAUAUUAGCCUCCCAUGUCAGCAUGGUAGAGACGGAUACUGCUGAGAAAAACAUUGGUGCGUGUGUUGUAGUGGUGGUGGUGGUUGUGGUUGUGUGUGUGUAUGUGUGUGUGCGGGUGGGGGGUUAUGUCUUAAUCAGUAGACUACCUGGUCAGGCCUUAAACUGUGUGUCUGUUUAUCAAAAUAUUUAAAGAAUUUGACAUGUCUGGAAACUGUCCUUUGCUUUAACUCAAAAUGAAUAAAUAAACUCUUGCCAUCUACUGGUCUUUGUAUGUACUACACAACCUUAAAGCUUGAAAUUUGUAAUGUUAGAUCAUGGAAU